AUGCUGAAACGCCAAUUGCAUAAGGUUCCUGCAGCAAUCUAUAAAAUUCCAAGGGCUCCUCCCGACAAGAUCCUCGGUCUAACCGAGGAAUUCAAUAAAGAUAAAAACCCCAAUAAAACGAAUUUAACAGUGGGGAUUUAUAAGGACAAUUGGGGCCAUGUAACCACUUUUCCUAGUGUGGCAAGAGCGCAGAUGGUACUGGAUCAGAGUUUCGAGAUGAAUACAGAUUUGUCGUAUCUACCCAUAGAGGGAUGCCCGGACUUCCAAUCCAACGUUUUGCAGUUCCUGUACAAGGAAAGUUGCCCUGAGGGGGCUGAAUUUCUGAGCAAAAACCGUAUAAGUUUUGUGCAGACACUAUCGGGAACAGGAGCGCUCGCUGUGGCCUCGAAGUUACUUUCACUUUUCAUGUCGAAAGCUGUUUGGAUUCCAAAUCCAUCGUGGCCCAACCAUGCAAACGUUUUCCAGAAUAACGGUUUCAAGAGAAUAAACUACUAUACCUAUUACCGAGAUGGUGGUUUAGAUGUUGACAGCUGGCUUCAAGACUUAGAGCAAGCGGUCCGUGAUGGAGAUGGGUCACCACAAUGCAUUGUGCUACACGCCUGCUGUCACAACCCAACAGGUGUGGACCCCUCCUUAGAACAAUGGCGCACCAUUCUUGAUAAAAUCAAUGAACUCAAUUUAAUACCAAUAAUAGAUAUGGCAUAUCAAGGGCUGGAUACAGGGGACCUUCACAAAGACGCUUACCUCCUGCGAAUGAGCUUGGAUGAAGAGAGAUAUCAGUGGCCCAAUGGGCUGUUCCUGUGCCAGUCGUUUGCAAAAAAUAUGGGAUUAUAUGGUGAGCGAGUUGGCUCUCUUUCAGUAGUUACCCCAGCCGAUACAGAGCUGAAGCUCAACAUAGACUCCCAGUUAAAAAAGAUUGUGCGUGGCAUGUACUCUUCCCCACCUGGUUACGGCUCUCGUGUGGCAAACGUUGUUCUUUCAAAUCCAGAAUUGAAAAAGACUUGGUUUAAAGAUGUUCAAAACAUGGCCUCCAGACUGCAGUAUGUCCGGGCAGAGUUGGGAAAACGGUUAGACUGGCCUUUAUUGAACAAUACAAGAGCCAAUCAUGGAAUGUUUUUGUAUACUGGGUUAGACCCCUCUAAAGUGGAUCAGUUGAGAAGAAACCAUUCAGUGUACUUAGUUCAGGACGGUCGGCUGUCCCUAAGUGGAUUAAAUGAUUCUAACCUCGAUUACGUUUGUGACGCAUUGAAGAAAGUUAGCGAAUGA